ACAAGCUGGGAGAGGCGCGCGCACAAUGCCGCCCAUUCCUGCGGUCCCCUCAGUCACCCUAUGGACGGGCUGAGCGGAGACGGGGGCAGGGACACUGACACCUUACAUGUCGCCUGCUUCUGCUGAGGAGAAUGCACUUUGGAUCCGCUCCUAGAAAUCCUCAUUACUUGACGUAUUUUGAUAUUGCAUUCCAAGAAAGAUCACUGCAAUGAUCUGGAAGACCUUCCUAGAUGAGAAAAAUUAGAAUCUGAGAUCAAGCACCAUGAAUGGAAGGACAUGCAAUAUGAACCACAGAGCAACUGGCACCCCACAGGGACCUGGCAUGAUUAGUGGACAGCAGAUUCCACCAAUUAGAGUACAUACAGGUACUCCAUGUCCAUCUUCUAAUAGUGCCACACCCAGUCCUGCUAAUGGGAGCCUAUAUUUAAAGAUGCCUCUGGGAGGUGGAGUGGCACCACAGAGCAGUGAGAGCACUGUCCAUUUACCUGCUUUAAGUCCUAGGAGACACGUUAUCACAAAUGGAAAACCUAUAUUCCAAGUACCACAACCACCUAACCUGCAGCCAUCUCUAUCCAAGCCAAAGCAACAGGAAUUUGGUUCUCCCUUUCCAGCAAACUGUGUGAAAGGGAAUGUUGCUUUUGGUCAGCAGAACAAGCCACAAGGAAAAGGCAGCUGCAACAAUCUUAUGGUCACCAGCAGUCCCAUGAUGGUCCAAAGAUUGGGUCCAAUAUCCCCUCCAGCAAAUCAAGCGGCAACAGCGUGCCAUCAGAUCAGCCCAAGCUUACACAGAAAUCUGAAUCUUCACCACUUAGCUAUACCUUCAUCUGAUACCAGAUCGCUUAUGUCACGUGAAUCCCUUGCAUCUACAACUUUAAGCCUAACAGAAAGUCAUUCUACAAUGAGUGUUAAACAGGAAUGGUCCCAUGGAUAUAGAAUUCAUGCUUCUAACCAUGGAUCUCAAAACAGUAGUGAACCUGGAGAUCUACUAAGCAUCCCCCCAGGAACUUCUAUGUCCAAUAACAGUGUCUCAAAUUCAUUGCCCUCGUAUUUGUUUGGCAUAGAGAAUAACUGUUCUCCUUACCCUAGUCCUAGACAUUCUUCUCCAAGAUCACAUUCGGCACGGUCAAAGAAAAGAGCUCUUUCCUUGUCUCCCCUAUCUGAUGGUAUAGGAAUUGACUUUAAUACUAUUAUUCGCACUUCCCCAACCUCAUUAGUUGCCUAUAUUAAUGGGUCACGAGCUUCCCCAGCAACCAUCUCACCUCAACCAGAAGUUUAUGGCCAUUUUUUAGGAGUCAGAGGUAGCUUCAUUCCUCCAACAUGUGCUGGAUCAAACUCCCAGAAAAGUCUUCUAGCUAUCAAUAAUAAUGUGUCAAUUCCAGAGAAUAUGACUGAAUAUCAGCGCAUGCAGCAACUCGAACAAAAUAGUUUGCAAGCUGAUACAAUGAACAAUAUGGUAGUUCGACACAACCUUGGACUAAAUGACAGACAAACUAUUGGGGUCUUAAAAAGUGAAAGGCUGGAUGAUUUUCCAGGUGGAACAAUUGACAUAACUUCACAGUCUUCGCUUCCUCUCACAGCACCUCCUGCCCAUCAAGGUCCACCACCACCUUACCAUGCCCAUCAACACAUGCAUCAACAUGAACUUUUAAACCAGCACUCACUCCCACCUCCAGGACAGGUUCCUUUACUCGAAGAAGAAGGAGAAAUAGAUGAUUUCAAUGGUAAGCAUUGUUGCAGGUGGAUUGACUGCAGUGCUUUAUACGAUCAGCAGGAAGAACUUGUACGGCACAUUGAAAAGGUUCAUAUAGAUCAGAGAAAGGGGGAGGACUUUGCUUGCUUUUGGGCAGGAUGUCCACGAAGAUAUAAGCCAUUCAAUGCUCGUUAUAAACUUCUCAUUCACAUGCGGGUCCACUCUGGAGAGAAACCAAACAAAUGCACGUUUGAAGGGUGCAAGAAAGCGUUUUCAAGACUUGAAAAUCUAAAGAUUCACUUACGGAGUCACACAGGAGAGAAGCCGUACCUUUGCCAGCAUCCUGGCUGUCAAAAGGCUUUCAGCAAUUCCAGCGAUCGGGCCAAGCAUCAAAGGACACACCUGGAUACUAAACCUUAUGCUUGUCAAAUUCCUGGAUGCAGUAAGCGUUACACAGACCCAAGCUCAUUACGAAAGCACGUAAAAGCUCAUUCUUCCAAAGAUCAGCAUGCUAGAAAAAAGUUACGACAAAGGACAGAGCUCGACCAAGAAAUCCUCAGUGAUUGCCUCACUAUUCAGCCUCUUCAACCAACAACAUCACCACAGGAUCCUGCAGAAAAUACGUUGGGAAGAUCUCCUGGCCCCGUGCAUGAUGUAUUUCCAGUUACUCUGUUCUCCAGUACUCAGUCAAGUCGAAGUGGAACAGCUGCUGGAAGUGUUCCUCAGUCACAGCCUCUGUCUUCUAGUCAUCCUUCUCCUGGAAGUAACAUGCAGUCUAGUCCACAUAAUGCUCCAUCCCAGCUACCUCCAUUAACACCAAUGGAAUCGGGCACUGAUCGAUUUUCACCUCAUCAUCUAAGCCCAAGGAGACUUAAUGCACCCACAAAUAUGAUGCCCAAAAGAACUCCACAGCCACCCCAAGUGCAGCAGUCAGGGGCAUCUUAUUCAAAGACGUAUCCUGCAAUAGCUAAUGCCUCAGUGCAGCCAAAUGGUCUUCAUGUGCAAGGAUUUUAUGGGCAACUGCAGACAUUUUGUCCCCCAUAUUACAAUGAUCCUCAGAGAAGCAUGCAGCAUGGCAAUGCAUGCAACAUGGUGCCUCAGUUUGAAGACUGCUUGCCUCAUGGUUGUGGGAACAAAACAGACUUUGAUGUCUUUCAUAGGGCAUUCACAUCUCACUCUGGUAUUACAGUUUACGACUUCCCAAAUGGAUCAGCUAGCCUUUUCGGGGACCCACAGCGGAAUAACUCAGAAGAUACUAGCUUUCUGCAGAUUAAUGCAAUUGAUCGUUGUCCUAGCCAACUCUCAUCUGUUUACACAGAGGGAUGAAAACGGCUUAUCCAUAUCAUGUGCAUCAAUGCUAAUCCAUUUCAGACAAAAGACUUUACAAAAAGGAUCGUAGAAAUCAGUCCUUGUAAAUACAUGAAUUUUAUAUUUAAGGGUGAACCAGAAACUGGAAAUUAAAAUUAGAAUUUUAAGAAUUCACAAUAUAAAAAAAGAAUGGAAAUUGUACAAACUAUAUGAAUGUAUCUGCUUUAAAUAUAACACAAAUCAAAUUCAUUUGUAUAUAGGAUCAAAUAAAUAGUUAUUCUACAUUUAUUAAAACCUUCACCAGAGGGACAAUGCGGCACUGCAAAAUAUUUUAUGUUGUCCAAAAAAGUGCAAAGUGUGUCACAUGCAUAAAUACUCACUGAAACAUAUGACACAAAGAAUGC